GGAGGAGGUGGAAAGUAAGGGAAGUCAAACUUCAGUGGCACAUUGAGUCCAACGUUGCUUGUUAUCGGUUCUGUUAUUGUUACUGGCUGCCGUUGUUGUUGCUGUGUAGCUUUUUUUACCGAGAGAGAGAGAGAGAGAGAGCUUUUUGAGUUCUUGUGUGUGUUGUCUUUUGCUUUGUAUGAAGGUUGGGAAGAAAAUGGUGCGAUGAUUGUAAGAUACAUGUUUCUUCCCGGUGGAUAUACGCGAAACAGGUGUAGAUGUUAUCGGCAUAUUUUCAGCAAUGAUGCCAAGGAAACCUCGGCCACGGAGGGACAGGUCUGAAGUGAGCUGUUGCAUAAAAUACUUGGUAUUUGGUUUCAACGUUAUAUUUUGGAAGACCUUGCAAGUCAGAGAUGUUAACCAUCUUAACCAAUCAUCUCUAAUUGAAUGCUGCAAUUAAUCUGAUUGGCGGUGCACUAUGUGCCAUUGGACUGUGGGCAUGGACGGAAAAGGAUAUGUUCCACAACAUUGGCAAACUGACCAACGUUGCCCUUGACCCAGCCCUUCUGUUCAUCAUUGUUGGUGGGGUCAUGUUCAUUAUUGGUUUCACAGUAUGUAUUGGAGCACUCAGGGAAAACACUGUUUUGUUGUUGAUUUUUUCCAUAUUUGUUGGAGUAAUAUUUUUCCUGGAACUCAUUGGUGGUAUUCUUGGAUUUGUUUAUAAAGAUUGGGUAAAAUCACAGAUAGAAGAUCAAGUAAGAAAAAUGAUUAUUUCUUAUCGAAAAGAUGAAGAUUUACAAAAUCUAAUUGACUGGGUCCAGAGAGGCUGGCUACAAUGCUGUGGAGUUGAGACAUAUAAGGAUUGGGAACUUAACAUGUAUUUCAAUUGUUCUUCACCUGGCAGAGAAGCUUGUGGAGUUCCUUUUUCUUGCUGUAAACCCACAGAGUCAGUGAUAAUUAACAAGCAAUGUGGUUAUGAUAUGAUGAAAACAGAACAUGAGAUUGAUAAAGAUCGAAUAAUUUGGACUUUGGGUUGUAUCCCAGCUGGUGAACAAUGGUUAGAAGCUAACCUCAUUCCUGUAGCAGGAGUACUUGUAGGCAUUGCAUUAUUACAGAUUCUUGGUAUUUGUUUUGCACAGAACUUACGAAGUGAUAUCCAAGCACAACGAACAUUAUGGUACUAUACCUUCUGAGUAAUGUUGACUUACAGCUCUUAGUUGUCUGUUCCUCAAAAAUAUUCCCGGGAAUAUUCUAUGCACAGAAAUAUUGCUGAUAAACUGUUUGUGUGAGUGCAUGUGCGUGUGUAUGUGUGCAUGCAUGUCUGCAUGUGUGUAAUGCUGUAAAGGCAGUCGUUUGGAAUCACAGCAUUAUGAAGGGAUAGCAUUGAGAGCCUACGUUCAUAUACAUACAUAUAUAUAUAUAUAUAUACAUAUAUAUAUAUAUGUAUAUAUAUAUAUAUGUAUAUAUAUAUAUGUAUAUAUAUAUAUAUAUAUAUAUGUGUAUAUAUAUAUAUAUAUAUGUAUGUAUAUAUGAAUUACAGGGUUGUAUGUUCAUGGUUACAAAAAGACGUAUAGACCCUUCUACAAGGAACAGUUUGUUGUUUAUUUUUCUCUUCAUUUAUCAAGGACAGUUAUACAGCUAUGACCAAACACCAUGACAAUGAUAUCCUCUCUCCCUCUCAGAUUCUACAUGUAUUUGUCUUUAUUUAUUGUUAUCAUUACCAUUCAUUUUAUUUUCUUUAAAACGACAGGAUGGAGGUGACAGAAUCUUUGGAACGCUGGGCAAAUAUGCCUUGCAGUUUUUAGUCAUGUCCCGCUUUUACACAUUCAGAGUUCAAAUCCUGCUGAGGUCACCUUUGUUUAUCAUCCUUCUAAGGUGGGGAGGGGGGGAGUGGAUUGAUUAAAUAAAGUACCAGUCAUGUACUUGGGGGCGAUGGGUUCAAUGUAAUCGACCUUGCCCUCUUCCCUCCUCCUCUCUUGCUCCACGUGUGGCCUUGUGCCUAUCGAAAUUUUUUUUUUUUUUUUUGCAAAGACCAUGACAAAAUAGGACCAUUGAAAAUAUAGUACAUAUUAGCAACAUUCCACUGGUAUUAUGAAUUUACACACACACACACACACAUUACAUACAUUCCCACAUGCAUAUAUGAAGGUUAGGCAAUAGAGGAAGAAAGAGGGUGAAAUAUCGAAAAAACUUAGGUGCAUUUGUAAAUAAUUCUCCAUACCAUCAAGUUAAUGAAUACAGGUGUUAAAAAAAACAUUUUUUGUUGCUUUUUUUUUUUUCAUAAAAGACCCCAUUCAUCCAUUUCAUUAAUACAUGAAAGCAAGUACUUAGGAUGAAGGUAAAAAAUAGCAUCUCAUUGCCACUAUCCACACUACCUACUGAAACAUCCGCACUACCUACUGAAAAUACUAUGCUUUGAAACAUUUGUAUUUUCUUAAUUUUACAUUGAUGACUAAAGAUUGCAGGGUCUACAUCAGUUGUGAAUUAAUCCAAGUUCCCACUUUUUUUUUCUUCUUUUUACCUCUGAUUUCACAUGUUCUUAGUGUGCUUUUUCACACUCAAGAAAAAUGGCCCUCCUCACAUAAGUGUUACAAAUGAAAUCUUCAAUUUCUCAGCUCCUGAAAGCAUAAUAACAAUAAUAAUAACACUUCUAAUUUAGGUGCAAGGCUAGCAAUUUUGAGGAGGAGAGCAUUAGUGGAUUGUGACAACCUCUAAUAUUAGGCUGCUACUUUAUUGACCCCCUGGUGGGGGUGAAUGGCAAAGUUAACUUCAACAUUAUUCAAAUUCAAGUUAAAAAGUAGGAAGAAAUUCCCAAUGCUUUUUUUUUUAAUAUCCUUACCAUUUUGCCCUAAUAAUAAUAAUGAGUAAAACAUGGGCUACAGUAAAUAUUCUGCUCAAUACCACCACAGAUUUGCUUCACUGUAACCAGUUGAGCAUGUCCAUGGCUGUUGAUAUGUGCAUCUCCGAUCACGAGCAGGAGCUGUGGGGGAGCAUUGUAGCCAUGUGUUGAGAGGAAUUCUUUGUGGUCUGAAUAAUUCAGCCCUGGAAACAUGGGUGUUUUUUAUUCAUCAUCCUUAAGUGACCCUUAUUCAGGGACCUUUUGAGCAGGAUGGGCUACUCAGCCUGAAGAAAAUUCUAACUAGGCCCUCACUGCAAGAUCAUGCACGGUUUAUCCUGAUAUGAGGUCGUCAUGUCAUGCACAUGUGGUUGUACCCUUAUCAGACAAGUAAUCAUGAUGAGUAUAUUCAGCUUUGUAUAUUUAUACCCCAGUGUCAUUUUGAUGGCAUGCGUUACUCUCUCACUCAGUAAUGAUGGACUCUCCUGUCAAAGGCAUUGUAUGAAUGCUCAGUUUUUGCAGAACAGCCUGCACAAAUACAGGUUCACAGUGUAUCACACAUCAGGUGUUAAAGGGACUGCAGAGCAAUGUAGAUGAAUUGUUUUGCUUAAAACAACACACCAGCCAGUCCGGGAAUUAAAACCAUGAUCUGGAAAUCAUGAGUGUAACACCCUAACUACUAGGCCAUGCGUCCUCAUUCAAUAAUGAUAAUAUAAUAAUAAUAAUAAUAAUCUGUGUGUGCAGAAAGAAGUAGUAUAUCACCAUAUGUCUGUUGUCUUCUUCAAUUGUUCAUUAAUUGGAUUUGGCUGAAUCAGUAGAGGAUUGAACACACAAAAAAAAAAAAUAUACCAAAUGGUAUUUAGAUAUGUUCAUCUCCGUCCUGAGUUUUGAUUCCAGCAGCGUUAACUUUGCCAUUUAUUUCUACCAGGUUCAAUAAACUAAAUACCACCUCCAAUGAACAAAUAGGAAUUGAAUGUUUUUUUUUUCCAGUUAACUUUACAGCCCCAGGCUCACUUGCUCCACCUGGGGAUGGGGUUGGGGCUGUGGUUGAUUUGUUGCAAAUUAUUAUUGAUGUUGCUCUUAUACUAAAUGUGGUUGUUGGAAGAAUUGGCAGAAGCUGGAUGACUAAAUGUCUUGCAAUAUUUAGUUUACAUUACAUUAUAAUUUCCAGCCCUCUUGGGGUAAUUUUGUUUUUUUAUU